AAGAUGGCGUAGAGACAACUGUUUUUCUGUUUGCUAUCUUCAUUUUCCGUUCGUAGACGCUAAGAACCCUAACAGCUUUGUUGGUUUGUGAAAUGGAUCUUAGAUCAAAAUCCUGGAGCUGAUACCUUUUGGGCAUGAGGUUUUGCAUGUGUGCAUUUAUGGGGUUUGUGUAAUUUAGCCUGUUGAACCCCCUUUUCCUAGUUUGACUCUACUUGAGUUCAAGCAAAAGGAGAAUGCAAUGGAGCUGGAUAACUUGUGAGGAUAUUUAACAUAGUGUACAUUGUGUUCUUGCAAUUUGUUUCAUCAUUUGGUGUUGUGAUGGAUGGUGAUAAUGGUCUUAACAUACGCAAUUGGGGCUACUAUGAACCGGCGACGUCGUUUAAGAGCCAUUUGGGGCUGCAGCUGAUGUCGUCAAUGCCGGAAAAACCGAUGCUUGGAGGGCGCAAUGCUGCGGUGUUAUCUGGUGCUAAUGGGGCUUUUCAUCAUAGGGACAUUGGUGUGCCCCAAGCUACAUACUCUAUGGAAUACAUGAGAGAAGCGUGGAUUAGUAAUCAGAGAGAAAAGUAUAUGAAUAUGAUACCUACAAACCAUAAUUAUGGUGGAAUUCCGGAGACUUCUUCAGCACAUCAAAUGCAAAUGAUUCAACCGCCAGAAUUGCCGAAGGAAGAACGGCCAGUGGAAGAGGAACCUGCUGUUGAGAAGGCGAACGGCACUAGUAAGAAAAGACAGGGUCCCAAGGUGCCGAAAUCUCCAAAAGUGAAGAAGCCCAAGAGGGGGCCUCGUGUGCCAAAGGAUGAGAAUACUCCUACUGUUCAACGGGCAAGGGUUCCGAAGAAAACUACUGAAAUUGUAAUAAACGGGAUUGAUAUGGAUAUUUCUAGUAUUCCAAUCCCUGUUUGUUCAUGCACUGGGUCACCUCAACAGUGUUAUAGAUGGGGCUCUGGUGGGUGGCAAUCUGCGUGCUGCACGACAGGCAUGUCCGUUUAUCCUUUGCCUAUGAGUACGAAGCGGCGUGGUGCUAGGAUAGCUGGAAGGAAAAUGAGUAUAGGAGCAUUUAAGAAAGUUUUAGAGAAACUCGCAGCCGAGGGUUAUAACUUUUCUAAUCCGAUUGAUUUGAGGACUUAUUGGGCAAAACACGGUACCAACAAGUUUGUCACUAUCAGGUAGAUCUACUCUAUGAUCAACUGGCCUCUUAUUUCUUUCAGCCUGUUUUUCAUGUAUAUACAUGUGUAUUUGGCCAGGGAUAGAGGCUUCUUAGCUGGUUUGUAGUUCAAGAAUUUUCAAGGUCACGGGACAUCUCAUUUUCUCUUCUAACUCUUUCUUUGUUGUUAUCUACUCUUCGUUGAUUUUAGUUCUUGGGAAUUAAAUCUUUUGGUUGGUUGGUUGAUCCUUAUAGGGAAUUAGCUGAUGGGAUCUUUUAUUAAUAUUUAGCAGGAAAUUUUUAUCUGUUUAUAGCCCGACUGGUGAUUGAAUGUUAUUUCGAACUCAUUUCUACUUCCAAGUUCGAACUAAAUGUGACUUCAGUUG